AUGCCACUGGGUUCGGUGAACCACAGCGUCCCCGCAUAUGCGGUAGCUGCACUGCGGUUGACCUCGCUUGUUGCUCCUGGAGUCUGGUGGCAUGAUGUCAGUCUGGUUGCUAAGGUGCAUUGCCUCAUGGCCAAAUGGGGGGCAGACUUCAAUGUUCCACCUGACACAAAGGCCAGCAGCCUCAGGUGUCCAUGGACAUUACAAUGUACACACAUAAUUGUGACUGUUCUUUUAACCAGUGUCAACUGA